AUGGGGUUACUAUAUCUUGGAACACCACUGGUCUGGGAGGAAGCCAAAAAAUACGCGGACCAUGUACGAAAUCACGGAAUAACACAAUUUUUGCACAUUUGGGACCGAUUCAAAGACAGGCAGGGAGACGAACUACUGUGGGGAGAUGAGGUUGAAUACAUGGUUGUUUCCUUCGACGAUAAGGAAAAGAAUGCGAAAUUGUCUCUGAGACAAACCGAGAUCCUCGCGAAAUUGAGCGCAAUUGUUGAUGACAUAGGUGCUGACUGCCCAGAUAACAUCUCUAUACCCAAGUUCCAUCCAGAGUAUGGUCGAUUCAUGCUGGAAUCCACACCGGGUUCCCCCUACACUGGCUCUAUCCCUGAUUUGCUUUCGGUGGAAAGCAACAUGCGCUACAGGCGUAAUUUGGCACGUAGACAUCUGAACCCCAAUGAAAUCCCGGUUACAUUCACCUCCUUUCCUCGACUUGGCGUCCCGGGCCAAUUCACUGAACCCUAUUUUAGUCCUUCCGAUGCGGUUUCAAGUCAUAGUCUAUUCUUACCAGAAGAGAUCACAAAUCCACACGCACGUUUCCCGACUCUCACGGCCAACAUUAGGCGCAGAAGGGGGUCCAAGGUCGCGAUUAAUCUUCCUAUAUACGUAGAUGAAAAGACGCCUCGCCCUUUUAUUGACCCCUCAAUUCCAUGGGACAGAGACAUAUACCCAGAAGAUUCAGAGGCCAAACUCGGAGCUGCUAAACCAGAUCAUAUCUAUCUGGAUGCCAUGGGUUUUGGGAUGGGAUGCUCUUGCCUUCAAUUGACAUUCCAGGCAUGUAAUUUGGGUGAUGCGCGUAGAAUGUAUGACGGGCUUAUACCUAUUGGUCCUAUCUUGUUAGCGCUGACAGCUGCAAGCCCUAUAUGGCGCGGUUAUCUUGCCGACGUCGAUUGUCGUUGGAAUGUCAUUGCGGGAAGUGUAGAUGAUCGAACGGAGGAAGAGCGAGGGCUGAAACCUCUCAAAGAAAACAAAUUUGUUAUUCCGAAGUCGCGUUACGACAGUGUCGAUCUUUAUAUCUCUGAUGACUGGAUCAAUCGGCCAGAAUACAACGACAAUCCGUUGCCAUAUGAUGAAAUCAUUUACGAUCGUCUGCGCAGACAUGGUCUGGACGAUCUAUUAUCGAGGCAUAUAUCCCAUCUGUUUAUUCGUGACCCUUUGGUAAUCUUUUCCGAGACUAUCGAUCAGGACGAUACAUCUAGCAGCGACCACUUUGAGAAUAUUCAAUCAACAAAUUGGCAAACCCUUCGCUUUAAGCCACCGCCUCCAAACUCGCCCAUAGGCUGGAGAGUUGAGUUUAGAAGCAUGGAAGUCCAGAUGACAGAUUUUGAGAACGCAGCUUUCGCUGUGUUUGUGGUUCUUCUGUCUCGCGCUAUACUUGCGUUCAACCUCAAUCUUUACAUUCCGAUAUCCAAGGUCGACGAAAACAUGAGGAGGGCACAACUGCGAGAUGCCUCUGUAUCAAAUAAAUUUUUUUUCAGAAAGGACAUCUACACUAACACAAGCUCAACCUCGAGUACAGCGUCGUCGUCGGGUGGGAGCAGCCCCAUAGACGGAAUGCCUAAGAAGAAAGAGAAAAAGAUGAAAAAUUGCUUCCCACCUAGGCCUCAACCAGAGAAUGGUUUCACUCACCGGUUCCCAGUAGAAGAAGAAUACGAAGAAAUGACAAUGAAUGAGAUCAUGAACGGAAAAGGCGUUGAUUUCCCGGGUUUGUUACCUUUGAUAAACGCAUAUCUGGAUACUUUGGACAUCGAGCUUGGAGACAUGGUUAAAAUACGCAGAUAUUUGGACCUUGUUCGGCGACGCUCGGAUGGAACUCUUCUGACACCCGCAACUUGGAUAAGAAACUUUGUAAAGUCUCAUCCCGAUUACAAGAAAGACUCUGUGGUGUCACAAGAAAUAAACUAUGACCUGCUUAAAGCUGUUGAUGAAAUUGAACGCGGAGUGCGUAAGGCGACAGACUUGCUUCCUGUUGACUAUGAAGGUGGGAAUACAGAUCGCGGGUCAAUUGGAUUUUAA